AUGCCUACGUAUCCCAGACUUUCCAACAGUUCUGAAGAGCAUGUUUCACAGUUCCUUCUGAUGGGACUCCCAGGCAUUCACAGCUGGCAACACUGGCUCUCUCUGCCCCUGGCAAUAAUCUACCUCUUAGCACUUGCUGCCAACGUCUUCAUUCUUCUUGCCAUCUAUCAAAUGACUACUCUGCAGCCUAUGUACCAUUUCCUUGGUAUCUUGGCUGUGACAGAUAUGGGCUUAGCCACCACCAUCAUGCCUAAGAUCCUGGCCAUCUUCUGGUUUGAUAACAAGUCCAUCAGUCUUCCUGAAUGCUUUGUUCAAAUUUAUGCCAUCCACUAUUUUCUGGGCAUGGAGUCAGGUAUCUUCCUAUGCAUGGCUAUGGAUCGAUAUGUGGCCAUUUGCCACCCAUUGAGAUAUCCAUCUGUCAUUACUGAAUCCUUUGUAAUCAAAGCUACCAUGUUCAUGGUGCUCAGGAAUGGGCUCUUAGUCAUCCCAGUGCCUGUGUUGGCAUCCCAGAGAAAUUAUUGCUCCAGAAAUGAGAUUGAACACUGUCUAUGCUCCAACCUGGGUGUCACCAGCCUGGCCUGUGAUGAUGUAAGUUCUAACAGAAUUUGCCAAUUGAUUUUGGCCUGGGUUCUUAUGGGUGGUGACCUUGGCAUGAUCGUCUUGUCAUACACACUUAUCCUGAGAUCUGUACUGAGACUGAACUCAAAAAAAGCAUCAGCAAAAGCCCUAAGCACAUGUUCUUCACAUCUCAUUCUCAUCCUCUUCUUCUAUACAGCCAUUGUUGUAGUGUCUGUCACACACCUGGCUGAGAGGAAGGUGCCCCUGAUACCUGUACUUCUCAAUGUGCUACACAAUAUCAUCCCACCAGCCCUUAAUCCCAUGGUGUAUGCAUUCAGGACGCAGGAUCUCAGGGUCAGUUUCUCAAAGCUUCUAAGGUGCAGUAGAAAGAGCAAAUGA